AUGUUCCCUUUCACACAACUCUCGCUUUCGUUGAUCUCUCUUUUGCUCCUCCAAUAUCUCCCCUCAGCAUACACUGCCAAUGCCGACGCUUGGCGAACCCGCUCAAUCUACCAGAUCAUUGUUGACCGCUAUGCGCUUCCUAAAGGUGCUGACACGACCGCCUGUGAUCCUGCACAGCAGACCUGGUGUGGUGGGACUUGGAAUACAAUCCGAGAAAAUCUCGACUAUAUCCAGGACGCCGGAUUCACCGCCAUUUGGAUCAGCCCUGUAUCAAAGAACUAUGAGGGCCCGCGCACCCCAUACGGCGAUCCAUACCAUGGCUACUGGAUUUCUGACGCGUCCCAGCUCAACGACAAAUUCGGUACCGCAGAUGACCUCAAAGGCCUGUCUGAUGAUUUGCACAAGCGCGGCAUGUAUCUCAUGGUUGAUGUCGUUGUGAACAACGUCAUGUCACUUAGCAACACGAGCAUGGAUUACCAGUCCUUCCUCUUCAAAGAACCUCAAUACUACCAUCCUUAUUGCCCCGUCGACUUUAGUAACGAUACAAGUGUGCAGAUGUGCUGGCUUGGCGACACUAACGUCUACCUCCCGGAUGUGAAGACUGAGGAUCCUUUCGUUGUGUCGACAUACAACAGCUGGAUCCAGCAACUUGUCCAGGAGUUUAAUAUUGACGGUUUGCGGAUUGACGCGGCUAAGCACGUCAAUAACGGUUUCUGGCCAGGCUUCUGCUCAAGUGCGGGUGUCUUCUGUAUUGGCGAAGUCUUCGAUGCCGAUCCUGCCCAAGCUUCUCAAUACCAAGGUCCAACUGCACUCGACUCCAUUUUGCACUAUCCUAUGUACAACGCUCUUACUGCAGCAUUCACUAUUCCCGGUACCCAGAAUAUGAGUGCAAUGCCGGACAUGAUUUCACGGUCUGCGUCACUCUUUAAGGAUCCAACGCUUCUGGGAAACUUCCUGGAGAACCAAGAUGUACCUAGAUGGGGUAACCUGAGCGUGGAUCCUCAGAGCAUGUACAACGCAAUGACCUUCACCUUCAUGUCGGAUGGAAUCCCUAUCGUUUACUAUGGGCAAGAGCAGGGCUUCCAUGGCUCUUCGGAUCCUUUUAACCGUGAGCCUCUCUGGCCGUCUGGUUAUGCCAAUACGACCAGUUACCAGUUGGUCUCUACCUUGAAUCAGUUCCGUAACUUCCUCGUGAAUACGUCCGACUUUGCGACACAGCCGAUGAAGGUUUUGGCUUCGAAUGAUGCUGCUCUUGCGAUUAACAAGGGCAAUGUCAUUUCCGUCGUCACUAAUGUCGGGUCACCUGUGCGUGCAUUACACGCUCAUAUCGUCGUUGCCUUCGUCGCCACCAGAAUUCUGGAAUGCAGACAAGUUGCUGUCGGAAGUGGCGGCGCUAUGCUAGUUGACUACUCCAAGGGAGGAAAGCCAAUGGUCUUCUUCCAGGAGAGCAUGAUGAGUGGGACUGGUCUCUGUGGCUACCCAGGCUCAAACAAGUCAACGCUCGCAGGACUUGGGAGCUCGUCUGCUGCUGUUCAGUCGGUCAGAUGGGGCCCUUUAGCAGUCGGAUUAGCAGUUGGGAGUUUAGGAUCUCUGCUUCUCUUUUAA